AUGUUUUCUACCAGAGUUACAUUCAGAUGGAGCUUAUCUAUACGGCCAAAUAUUCUAUUUUCAAGAUUCAAUUCAACUACUGCCAAACAAUAUGUUCGACAAAAACCGAAAAUGAUGGAUUUAAUACGAACUCCAACUACUAAAUCAUUAAUUUUAACCUUAAUUACAAGUUCAAUGAUUAUAGAAUUAAUGAAUAGUAAAAAAAAUUUAGAAACUUUGAUCAAUUCAUAUAAUUUAAAAUUUGAAAUUUUAUUAGAAAUUAUUGAUAAAUUGAAUAAUAAUGAAAAAUUUGAUAUCACUAAAGAAUUACAAUUAGCUAAUUCAUUUACUGAAAAUAAAUAUAGUUCUAAAACUGAUAUUCAAAUGGAUGAACAAUUGGAACAAUUUUUAAAAGAAAUAACUCAAGAUGAAGGUGAAAAUAACCAAUUACAACAGAUAGAAGUAGAAACACAGGUACCCAAAAAUCAAUCAAUACCAGAUAUAAUAAAUGAAAAUAUCAAAAAUUCAACCCAAGAGAAACCAAAAUCAUACUACUAA